AUGGAAAUCAAAACCUUGGGUUGCUCUCUUAUCCUCCUCUUCUUCGCCCUCCUCACAACCCCUUCUUUCUCUCUAUCAUUUGGAGCUGGAGGUGGAGUUGGAGGUGGAGUUGGAGUUGGAGCUGGAGUUGGAGGUGGAGUCGGAUUUGGUUUUGGUGCUGGUGCUGGUGCUGGUGGUCAAUUUGGCCAAGUAUCCGAAGCAAACGAUGAGGAUAGUGACCCGACCAUGGGUGUCGCAGCCAACGAUUAUCAAGGACUAGACGCCGAUCAAGAAGGAUCAGACGCUGGGAAAACAUCGGCUACACCCGAACCCAACAACAAACAAGAAGGCGAUGAAAAAUCAGACACCGGGGAAGAGCAAACCCCGACAUCCGAAUCCAAUGAUCAACCAGAAGCAAAGGCCGGGGAUGAAGGAUCAAAAUCAGGCACUGGGGCAACAUCGACUAAUAUAGUGAAAGUGCCGGCCUACACUUGUGAACCUGUCAAGGUCGGUUCAAUCCCAAAGCUCGCUAGUCCGAGGCUAGAAGGGCCCUACAAAGCCCUACAAGCAUUGAAGAGUGCCAUUUUUUCUGAUCCAAAUGGGUGGACAAAGAAUUGGGAGGGCCCGGAUGUGUGCAGCUACAAAGGCGUCUUUUGUGCCAAGGCACUAGACGACGCUAGCGUCCAAGUGGUGGCUGGUGUCGAUCUCAACCACGCCGAUAUCGCAGGCCACCUCCCCCCGGAGAUCGAGUACUUUACUGACAUUAGUCUCUUCCAUCUCAACUCCAACAGGUUCUGCGGGAUUAUCCCGCGUGGGAUCAAGAACCUCAAGCUUCUCUACGAGUUGGAUUUAAGCAACAACCGCUUUUGUGGAGCGUUCCCCGAGGUGGUGCUAGAGCUGCCUCAACUUAAAUACCUCGACCUUCGAUAUAAUGAGUUCGAAGGGGAGCUACCGGCGGGGCUCUUCGACAAGGCCCUCGAUGCGAUUUUCUUGAACAACAACAGGUUCCACUCAACCAUCCCAGAGAAUUUGGGGAACUCCACAGCCUCUGUUAUUGUGAUGGCCAACAACCGCCUCUAUGGGUGCAUCCCGACAAGCAUAGGCAAGAUGACAGAAAAAUUGGAUGAGUUUGUGGUUUCGCACAACGAGCUGUCGGGGUGCCUACCAGAGGCGAUCACGAUGUUGAAGACAACCAAGGUAUUUGACAUCUCAUACAACAAGUUUAUGGGCGACCUACCACAGGGGGUGGAGCAUAUGCAGAGUAUAGAGGUGCUCAGCAUUGGGAACAAUAAGUUCAGGAGCAAGAUAUCAAAAACUGUUUGCACGUUGCCAAAACUCAAGAACUUCACCUGCUCUUACAACUUCUUCGACGCCCAAGAUCCUGAGUGUGUGUCUGUGGCUUCCGUUGACAGCAAGACAAAUUGCUUGCCACGGGAGCCCAAUCAGAGGCCGGAGAAAGAGUGUCGCAUAGCAUUGAGCAAGAAGGUCGACUGCAAAGCUGGUUGUGGUUCCUCAACUUUGGGAAAUCCGCCAAUAGCUCCAGCUCCUAAACAAACACCCACACCCAUGUUGGUGCCAUCAACCCCAACACAAAAAUCCACACCUUCGCCAUUGUCUGAGCCAACACCUUCCACACCAGAGAAGAUUCCUACCAAGAGUGCCCUUUCACCUGAACCCAUGUCGACGCCAUCAACCCCGACACAAAAACUCACACCUUCGCCAGAGCCAGAGCUUGAUCCAGAGUUUGAGCCAGAUUACGAGACUGAGCGAACAUCUCCAAAUACAGGAGACACCAUCCUCCACCCCCUCACCAACACCCAUGUCGGUGCCAUCAACCCCAACACGUGA